GGAUUUAACUUAAUCGCAAUUCCAUUUCUGCUUCUUUUUUUGCUUCAAUUGUGUUUUGUUUGUUCAAUUUUGAACGAUUUAAAAUCUUUAAGUUUCACAACAUUAAUUUAAUAACGACAGAAUGGCUGAUUUUAAGAAAUUCAGUGAUAUUGAUCUCUACAAGCUCAUUGGAGUUGAGUUUACAGCCACAGAAGCAGAAAUCAGAAAAUCAUAUCGAAAGAAAGCACUUGAAUGUCAUCCUGAUAAAAAUCCUGAUAAUCCAAAAGCUGCAGAACUUUUUCAUCAACUUCAGGAUGCUUUAGCUGUUUUAAUUGAUGUAUCUGCCAGAUCAGCUUACGAUCGGAUGCUUCGAGCUAAAAAAGCGAAUGAAUUGCGAAAUCAACAACUUGACAGUAAACGUCAAAAAUUGAAAUCUGAUCUCGAAGCAAGGGAACGUGAGGCAGCUGGAAAAAAGACCGGAUAUAGUGGAAAAUCUCAAACACCUGAAGAAAUUUUCAAAACUGAACUUGAACGAAUCAUGAGAGAAAAUAAAAAAUUCCUAGAAGAAGAGAAUGAAUUGCUAAGACAACAAAUCUACAAAGAACGUCAUGUGUUCAGUUCCUCUUCGACAACAUGGGAUUCUUCAAAACAUAGAAUUAAAAUUAAAUGGUCUACUGAUAAAAACGAUUCGUUAAAUGGCGGUUACAAUCACGAGAACCUCACGAAAUUCCUUAACAAAUACGGCGACAUUGUCGUUCUUCUUGUAUCGAGUAAGAAAAAGGGAAGUGGAGUUGUUGAGUUUAAAACACAAGAUGCUGGUGAAAUGGCGAUUGCUUAUGAAAAAGGAAUCCUUGAGAAUCCAUUGAAACUUUCAUGGAUCGGCGAUGCACCAAAAAAUCGAAAAUCAGGCACAACUGUAACUUCAACCGACUACGAAAGUUUAGUUCUACGACAAAUGAGACAAGCAGAAGAGCGGAAGCGAAUAAUUGAACAAAUGAUUAAAGAAGAUGACGAAUAA